AUGCCGAGCGGGGUACGAACGGGUCAACCCGUCUUGGAUGAACUAUUUUAUCUGUACAUCUCAUCUCUCACUUUCGAGUCCCUGUCUUACAAUUUGAUUUCAUCCCCUUUAAGCUUUAGAGGUAGCAUGGCAGAGACUAUAGGUAUAACGGGAGGCAUCAUCGGUAUCGUGACGCUGGCUUACCACAGCACAAAGACUUUAUACAAUUUUAUUUCCGACAUCGCGAAUGCGCCGAAGCACCUGCACGAUCUAAAUGAAGAUGUCGUUGCCGUUACACAAAUACUUGCCGCCAUAAAGAGCGUGAUGGAAGAAACAUUAAAUGAACAAAUAUCCGAAGGCGUCAAGAACACUUUGAAAGAUGCCCAGCCUUCAAUCCAAGGAUGCGACAAUGCCUGCAGAGAAUUUUUGAAAAAGAUUUCCCAAAUAACAAGUCACUCCAACAUUACUCGCACUCGCCUUGAUGAUAGAAUCAAGUUACAGUUCCAAGAGAAGGCCAUAUUAGCAUUCAAGUAUCGUAUAGAAAGCUACAAGUCAACUUUGACUAUCGCCCUGGGCUUAGCUACCUUAAAAACAUCCGAUCGCAAUUCAGAAGCGGUCCGAGAGUUAGAGGCUACCAUCACCGAGACCAUCAGCAAUAUUUCAGGAAAGAUCCAGGGUCUUGAGAUCAGCGCACAAACCAUUUCCGAGUUUUCCCUCGCAAAGGAUGAGCUGACUGCAACUUUGAAUGGUCACAGAAAGGCACUAGCGGAAUGUCUUCAACUUUGCACAAGUGCAUUAGAUGAGACGAUGCACCGAACUGGUAAUAUGACGGUUAGGUAUGUUAGAGCGUUAGAUGAUGCGAGGCAGCUUAUCGUAUCCACCGUCGGAGAUGUCAAUUCGGGAAGCGGGUCGAUCUAUGCAGAUCAUAUCAUCGCCCAGGGCCGUGCAGAUCAAAUGAUCGCCCAGGCCAUUACGCAGGGCGUUGCUUUGAAUUUCUUUGCUCCGAGGCGAUAA